AUGUCUUUAAAACCUGUUUCAAUCCCUGGCACUUUCGGUUUCGGAACCAUGUCUUUGACAUGGACACCCAACCCCAAGCCAUUCGAGGAAGCUUUCGAGUCAAUCAAGUAUUCCAUGGAUAAGUACAACAUCCGUUUUCUUAACGGAGGUGACUUUUACGGACCAGACAACAUCAACUUGAAACUCUUGCUGGAGUUCUGGAAGAAGUAUGCUAAGGAUUAUCCCGACUUGGUCAUCUCCAUCAAGGGUGCCAUCAACCCCACCACUUUGGCUCCUGACGGAAGCAAGGAGUCAAUUUCCAAAUCCGUUGAAAACAUGAUUUCCUUUUUCCCUAAAGAGAAGUCCAAGAGACCUGUUCUAAUUUUUGAAAUUGCCAGAGUUGACACGAAUGUCCCAUACGAAGAGACUAUUGGCUAUAUCAAGGAGUAUGUGGAAAAAGGUGCCAUUGACGGAAUUUCGCUUUCCGAAGUUGGUGUUGGUUCCAUUGCCAAGGCUGUCAAAGUUGCACCGAUCUCCUGUGUCGAGGUGGAGGUUUCUCUUAUGUGCCAGGAUGUCUUUGAAAACGGUGUUUUAAAGGAGCUUUCCGAAAAACAGAUUCCAAUCGUGGCUUACUCGCCAUUGUGCAGAGGCUUCUUGACAGACAGAACCGCCAAUGACUUGGAUGCCUUUUUCAAAUUGUGCCAAACGCCUGGAGAUAUUAGGGGCCACUUGGACCGUUUCUCUGCCGAAAACUUCCCCACAAACCUGAAAGUUGUCAAGAAGUUGCAGGAGUUUGCUCACAGUAAGAACACUACCUUGGAGUCCUUGGCCUUGUCAUGGCUUGUUAGUGUCAGUGAACAAGAGGACUAUGAGGGCAUCAAGAAGGUUUGCAAGAUUAUCCCAAUUCCAAGUGGUUCCACUGCCGACAAGAUUGACAAGAACUUGGGCAACAUCAACAAGUUAUCUAAAGCUGACUUGAAGGAGAUCAAAAACAUCACCGACACAAACAAAGUUGUUGGCUACAGAUACAACAAACAUGCGGAGCACAUGAAUUUUGCUUGA